GAUGAUGAUGAUGAUGAAGAGGAGGCGUUGUUUGUGUCUGUGAGCUCUGAUGUGGACGUGCAGAGAAGCAGUGCGAUGAUCGCAAGCUCAGGUGGUUGGUCAGGUGACGGCGUCCAGGUGACGGAUGUGGAGGUGGGCGGGCCUGCGGUCCACUGUCCUCCAGAGCCGUCCACAGGGCGUCACGCAGAUCCUCCAGCCUCUGAAGACCUCAGUGAAGACACACAGAUGCCGACUGAAGAUGUUAAGAAAACGAGCUCUCCUCCACCUGAAGAGGCUGAAACGGGUGUAGUGGGCUCCAAACCUCCGCCCUCCCAGCCUGACGUGAGUCUGGCAGCAAGACCCAGACCUGCUCCCAGGUCAGCCGCCUCCACAGCUGCCAAACCGCCCGGUCCAGAAGCAAAGAGGGUUUCCAGAGUGGACUUAAAAACAGUCAGAGCUAAAGUGGGAUCACGCUCCGCCCCCUCCCCACCGAAACCUGCCACCCAGAAUAAAUCUGCCCCGUCCAAUGGGAAGAGAGCUGUGGUGAGGAAGGAGGUGCAGGCUGGUGAUGGAGGUAAAAGACAGCGGUCGUCUGCAGGUCCCAUCAAAGUGGCUGUGAUCAGAGCAAAGAGCAGGAACAUCAAGCCAAACCACAGGAAAGCAGCCGGGGAGCCGACCGUGCCGCAGGAGAAGAGUUUAUCCGUCAGCCGAACCCUGUCCACUUCGAGCAGCUCGCUGGGCUCCGAGGUCGCUGGGGAAAAACGCCUGAAUGCUCCCAGGAAGGCUGACCAGGACGUGCCCGAUAAAUAUGGAAAACCUGAUGAGGGGGAAGCAAAAUGCCCAAGUGAGGAGUGUGUGGAGGGGCAAACGGAGGGCUCAGGAGAGGCUUCGGUGUCAGCAGCCGCUGUGGAGAAACCACGGACGCCUACCAGGAAAGUCUCCUCCAAGCUGGGACCCAGCCCCAGGCCUCAGGGAAGAGGCACCAGAGCAGACCGGGGGCCCUCGGGACCAGCUCCGGGCUCAGGGACCGGACCUCCAGGUCAGGGCAGCCCCGGACCCAGGCAAGCCCAGACAGAUGGCUCCACGCUGGGAAAAGGUGGGCCGAGUGUUGGGAGUGGAGCUCCAACCACCAAGAGUCAGAGCAUCCCCAAACCUCGCUCCUCAGCAGUCUGUUGGCCCACAGCAGCUAAACCGACAGCCAAUCAGCAGCCGGGAUCAGCGGGGCGACCCGCCGCACCCACUGCCGCCUCAAAACUUCCUGUUAAAGGGUUACCCACAAGCCUUAGCUCCUCCUCACUGGGAAGUAACGAGAACAAUGGAGGCGCAAGCAAAGCAGCUCCAGCAGCUCCAGCAGGGGCCGUACCAGACGAGCGGCCCAGCGGAAGCACACUUCCUGUGGGCAGUCAGAGUGCAGCAAAGCCCUCCGUCUCCAGCAGCAGCACCAGUACUCCCAGUGACGCUGUUACAAACGGUCCCAGCACUGCUGCUCCAAAACCUCCCGCCCUGAGGAGCAGAGCUGUGUCUCUGCAGGCCAGGACCUCCAGCACAGGUCUGAAGCCUCCGACGAUCACCAACCAGAACGCAGCGAAGACGGCGCCCACGAAGUCGAGCCCCGCCGCCGGUCAGGGGCUCGCGAAGCAGGCGGUGCAGUCCCCGUUACAGCGCAGCGGCUCGGCGAGGGUCAGCCGGCUGAACGGCGCAGUGGAUAAAAACAACAAGCCGCGGGAGGCGCCGGGGAAAACGCCAUCACACACCGGCAGCAGCUCGCAGACGGCAGCAUCCACCGGAGGAAACAACCAGAACCUGCAGCUGCCUCCGCCCGACCUGAUACCAGAUGACGUGAAUGCUAACGCACCAGUGGCACCAGUUCCUCCAGUGCCUGCCACUAACGCCACCAAUACUGCCACGUCAGGAACCGCCGGACCCUCGACUCUCGGUUUGAAAGCGAGAACCGGGCCACGAUCCGGCCCCAGAGCCGGGUCUCGCCUUCAGGGCGCGUCCAGAGCUGGCAGCCAUGGAGGCGCGGUGGCGUCGGACGGGACGAACGCCAUCAAACAGAACCAGAGCAAAGAGCAGGCAGAGAAGAAGAACCAGGCCAUCGCUCAGCUGAGGAAGCUGCUCGUGCAAGGGAACAAAAGAGUGGAGGCUCUGGCUACAGUCAUCCAGCAUCUCUUCACGGAGCGUGAGGAGACCCUGAAGCAGAAGAAGGAGCUGUCGCAGGAGCUGGCCAACCUCCGGGACGAGCUGGUGGCGUCGUCGCAGUGCUGCGAGCGUCUGCAGAAGGAGAAGCAGGAGGCGCGCGUCGGCUUCGAGGAAGCGCUGACGACGUUGCGGGAGCAGCACCGGGAGGAGCUGGCACAGCUGGAGGAAAGGCUGACCAGUUUUUACCAAACGGAGUGGGACAAGGUCCACCAGACGUACCAGGAGGAGGCGGACAAAUGUCGCGUCCUGAUGGAGAAGCAGGAAAAACUCUCCGAGCUCACGGCGGAGAAGGAGGACCUGAGCGAGAAGCUGCGAGCCGAGGAGGAGAGGAGAAAGAGGAUGCUCACCGACAAGAAUCUGAAGGACCCGCACACCGUGUACCUGGAGAAGGAGCUGGAGAGUCUGAAGGUGGUGCUGGAGAUCAAGAACAACCAGCUGCAUCAGAAGGAGAAGAAGCUGAUGGAGAUGGACAAACUGGUGGAGACGAAUGUGAAGCUGGAGGAGUGUCUGAAUAAGGUGCAGCAGGAGAACGAGGACUACAAGGCCAGGAUGGACAAACACGCCGCGCUGUCCAAGCAGCUGUCCAGCGAGCAGGCCAUACUGCAGCAGACGCUGCAGAAGGAGUCAAAGGUCAACAAGCGGCUGUCCAUGGAGAACGAGGAGCUGCUGUGGAAGCUGCACAACGGCGACCUGCUGGCGAGCCCCCGCCGCCUCUCGCCCACCUCCCCCUUCAGCUCGCCCCGGAACUCCGCCUCCUUCGCCACAGCUGCGCCGUUAUCGCCCAGAUAACCCACCGCCCCCCCUGCGCUCCCCCCUCCCGAGUCGGAGCGGCGCCGCUGGACAUGAAGCCAUCGCAGACUUGUACAUUUUUAAAUAAAUAUCUUAUUUUGAAAAGACGCUGCGGCGGCACCGACGCACUUAAACCAGAUCGCGGCCCCGGGCUGAGCUCGCCGCCUCGGAGCGCCCGAUCCUCCCAGGAGCGUUCUUCCUCCUCUGAAGAAACCAGCAGGCACGCCUCAGGGUCUGUACAUAGCUCCUCCUCCCUGACCGCUGCUCCGCUCGCCCCCUCGGGGGGAAACCUUGGAUUUGUGGAUGUUUGUGGAAACGCUCCCCCUCCAAGGAGCGAAGCUCAAUCAGCGUUCCAAUGGGACGGAGACACGCCUCCCACAGACCUCUGUCCUGUCACGACCUCGACCUUAACCUGCUUUGUGGAAUGUAAUCACCCGUGGACGUUCGACGUAGGGGGCCGGCCUCAGAGCCAAAUAUGCAGACCUCCCCUCACGCCCUGAAAUCACCCGGUGCCCAAUCAGAUGUCUGCCCUGCCGUGCCCCUCCCUCACUGACACACUGGCCUGUUUUACUGUUUCUGUUGUUUGUCCUGAAAAACCUCAGAUUUACCCAGAAUGCCUCAGUGUACAAUGUUCUUUUUGUUGUUUUGAACAGAAUAAAUGCGACAUGACAUCAUA